UGUUACUCUUGAGGAGGGGGCGAAGCUGUACUUAAGACUGCCUACUGUACCACCAAAGACUAUUAACAUCAUAUAGUACAUUACUUGGUUAAAUAUAUUUUAGGUUAUCAGAAGUAAUUUAUAAUUUUAUAAAAGCCAUUAACUCAGUUUAUAAACAUUAACAACUCCACAGCGCAUGUCACAUCUCAGACCAAUUGGUUGUCAACAAACUGAACAACGUGCUUGGCAGAGAAGCGUGAUCGUAAUUAUGGACAAUUAAUACGUUAUUAGUGAUUGACAAAUUGCUGAUGCAGGGAACCAUGAGUACAGUAUCUCAGUCACCUCACGUGCGUAGUGUGCAGGUUUCUAUGGGCUUUAUUGUGGUCUCUCUUAGCUGGAGAGAAACCCAGCUGAUGAACCGCCUCUUAAGACUUACACGUAUUGAAUAUUCAGAAGAUCUUGGAGUUGUCGACUUUUACCCAGCAACAGAUAUGGCAGUAAUAUUCAUCAGUGAGGCGGAUCUCUUGUCUGGAAAGAGCUACAGAAGACGGAUCGUCAAACUUCAACGCAGCAACAGAGGCAUCAGAAGAAUCGUCAUUGGCCAGUGCACCAUCAAUACAUUUGACCAUGCCUGUGACCUGCAGAAGUUUGUGUGUUUUGAGCUGGGUCUAUCAUUCAUACCGGUUGACACUGUUGAGGAGGCAGCAGACCUACUUGCUGAGAUGGUAUCGUGCGAGACAAAGUUUCACUCCAAUCCAUUUUACGUGAAACCAAAGACAGCAAGUAACUCCAAUGGAAGCUUAUUGAAGACAGUCAGACUGAUUCGUGGGUUGGGGGAUGUAAGGUCCCGAAAACUUCUCCAGCACUUUCCGUCUAUACAAGCAAUAACCGCUGCUACACAAGAGAGUCUUGAGAAAGUAGUUGGAGUUGCAGUAGCAUCAUCUGUACACAAUUUUUUUCAUCAACCAUUACUACUUUGAAUUUUUUAUUUUUGCAUUUAUCUUGUAAAACAUUUUAUAUGGUGUUGAGGCAUUUGUAACCUGUCAUUGUAUACAAAUAUUGUUCUAUGAUAAAUAAAGCUCGUGAAAACUUA